AAGCCUGCUUGCAGCGGAAGGUUCCUGCGGCUCCUGCCACCUUAACGUUGUCAAAUUACGUCGUGCACCUUCAGUCUUGGAGUUGGUCGAGGCUGGGUUACGCUGAUUAGCUCAGUUUUGUCUUUGUCUCAGAAUGGCUGUCUUGUUUUUGUUUCACUUGCCUCACACAUUGUAAAGUGAUCUGUGCCGUCGCCUGUGUGCUGGAUUCACAAAUAUACGAGGCGGAGCGAGAUCCACCUGACGCAGUUCAGUGCAGGCAGAGGGAUCCAACUCAACAGUGCCAAGCUGUGUGUCCAUAAGCAGUGAUCAGUCAAUGGAGCUUCCGGUGUUCUUUGGGAAAUAGGAUAAAAACCCCUCUGAAAACAGAUCAAUGCAGUCAGGGAGAGCAAAUAUGUCGGUGCCCAGUUGUGUGUCCAUAAACAGCCGUCAGUCAAUAGACCUUGGAGUGUCCUUCAAGGGCGAAGACACCUGUGAAUACAGGUCAUGUGCAAGAAGACGAUGUCAGAGUUGUUAUGGGAUAAAGCCAGCACUCCGUGAAUGCAGCACUGAGUGUCAACGUGCUGAAGUCCACAACAAACUUAGAUUGGACCUGUGGACAAAAUUUCACUGUUUAUGUGAGGGAAUAGAAAAGCAGGGAAACCAAACACUUCUCAGUGAGAUCUACACUGAGCUAUACAUCACAGAAAGCAAAGGUGGAGAAAUCAACAAUGAGCAUGAAGUCGGAUGGAUUGAAAAAGCAUCCAGGAAAGCUAGAACAGGAGAUACCCCGAUCAACUUAAGUGACAUUUUCACACCAUUGCCUGGACAAGACCAACCCGUCAGAACUGUGCUGACUAAAGGAGUCGCUGGCAUUGGAAAAACGGUUUCUGUGCAGAAGUUCAUUCUGGACUGGACAGAAGGGAAAGUAAAUCAAGACAUCCAUCUCAUAUUUCCACUUUCUUUUAGAGAGCUCAAUUUAUUAAACAAGCAAACAUUCAAUCUUCAAGAGCUUCUACAAUUUUUUAUGGGCACAGAACUACUUGAAAUCUCUUCAAAUGAAAGUAAAAUAAUUUUCAUCUUUGAUGGUUUGGAUGAGUGUCGUCUGUCUCUUGAUUUCCAAAACAAUGUGAAAUUGUGUGAUGUGACUAAAUCAGCCUCAGUAGAUGUACUGCUGACAAACCUGAUUUCUGGGAAUCUGCUUCCCUCUGCUCUCAUCUGGAUCACCUCCAGACCUGCAGCAGCUGAUCUCAUUCCCUCUGAGUGUGUCCAUCGACUGACAGAGGUACGAGGCUUCAAUGACCCUCAGAAGGAGGAAUACUUCAGGAAGAGAUUCAAAGAUCAGAGUCUGGCCAACAGAAUCAUCUCACAUCUGAAGUCAUCAAGGAGCCUCUUCAUCAUGUGCCACAUCCCAGUGUUCUGCUGGAUCUCAGCCACCGUUCUAGAGAAAAUGUUGAGUCAAGCAGAGAGUGGAGAGAUUCCCAAGACUCUCACUCAAAUGUACACACACUUCCUGAUCAUGCAAAUGAGAACUAUGCAUGAGAAGGCCUUUAAAAUGAAAGUGAAAGAUGAAGACAUGAUCCUCAAACUGGGUAAACUGGCUUUUAGGCACCUCAUGAAAGGUAAUGUGAUCUUCUAUGAAGAAGAUCUAAGAGAAUGUGGCAUUGAUGUGACAGAAGCAUCAGUGUACUCGGGAUUGUGCACUCAGAUCUUCAGAGAGGAGUUUGGUCUGUGUGAGAGGAAUGUCUUCUGCUUUGUUCAUCUGAGCAUUCAGGAACAUCUAGCAGCUGUGUAUGCAAUGUUUUCAUUCAAUUUGAAAAACCUAGAUGUUCUCGGCGAAUACCAGUCUUUAAAACAUGACGAUCAGCACCCAGCAUGUUUAGCAAUCUAUAAGAGAGCUGUGGAAGCAGCUUUGCAAAGUAAGAAUGGCCAUCUAGACCUCUUCCUUCGCUUCCUUCUGGGUCUCUCGUUAGAGUCCAAUCAAAGUCAUUUUCAGUACCUACUGACACAAACAGGAGCAAGGUCUCACAACACAGAGCAAAUUGUCCAAUAUAUAAAGAGGAUGAUUAGACAAGACCUUUCUCCGGAGAAAUCCAUCAAUCUGUUUCACUGUCUAAAUGAACUAGGUGAUCAUACUCUGGAAAAUGAAAUCCAAGGCUAUCUGAAUGCUGGAACAAUCAAAGAUGCCGUUCUGUCUCCGUCUCAGUGGUCAGCGCUGGUUUUUGUGUUGCUUACCUCAGAGAAACUGGAGGUGUUUGAAUUAAACCAAUACAUCAGGGAUGAGUUCAAUCAAACUCACCUCACACAAGAUCAAGUUCUCCAUAAUCUACUUCCUGUGGUUGAACUGUCCAGAUCAGCUCAGCUUGGUUGUUGUACUCUGACAGAGAACUGCUGUGCUGAUCUGGCUUUAGCUCUCAGCUCAGAAUCCUCGAGUUUAAGAGAAGUGAACUUAAACUUCAAUAAUUUGCAGAGUUCAGGAGUGAAGCUCAUUUCUGCUGGACUGGGAAAUCCUCACUGCAAACUAGAAACAUUGGGGUUAUGGCGGUGUGGUCUCACACACGAAAGCUGUGCUGCUUUGGCCUCGGCCCUCAAUUCAAACCCUUCACAUCUCAGAAAGCUGGAUCUGUCUGAAAAUAACCUAGGAGAUGAAGGCGUGAAGCUUUUCUCCGAUGGGCUAAAAAAUCCACAGUGUAAACUUGAGACAAUGCAGCUGAGAUUUUGUAACUUGUCAUAUAAAAGUUGUGCAGUUCUGGCUUCAGCUCUGAGAUCAAACCCCUCACACCUGAGAGAGCUGGAUCUGUCGGAGAAUGAAUUGGGAGAUGACGGAGUUAACCUUCUCUCUGAUGGAGUCAGGAAUACUCUUUGUAAACUGGAGAUAUUAUGGCUCAGAGAUUGUGAUGUAUCAGAUGAAGCUUGUGCUGCUCUGACUUCAGCUCUGGAAUCAAACCCCUCACACUUGAGAGAACUGGAUCUGACUAAAAAUAAAAUCACAGAUAUGGGAGCAAACCUGCUCUCUGCUAUCAUAUUUGAUCCACACUAUAAACUGGAGAAAUUACAUUAUGUUUGAGAUUUUAUUUUAUUUUCUAUUCAUUUAUUUUUACUUUGACUCAAUCUUUAUUAACCAGUUAACAAAUACUGUCUAUAGGAAAAAUUGAUUUUCAACAUAAAGCAUUUUUCAAGAAUUAAUCUGUAAUUGUUUUCUUUUUUAAAAGUGGCAUAUGAAGAGGGUUCAACAAAAAUGGGCUGAUCACUGGAUCUGUUGUUACAGGAAAUCUGUAUCAGACUGUUUUAAUCAUUUACUUUCAUUUGUCUAAUGCAUGUGAUCUGUUUGUUUUGGUUGUUUAAAGUCUGUCCAAACAUUAGGUGAUAGAAACUAUUUUGUGAAUGUGUUCGAGAUUUUUUCCCAGCAGAUGGCCGCAUUUUAUGAAAUGGAGAACACUUCUGCACUUCUGUUACAUGAUCUUUACCAUUUCAUGUUUUUAUGUCUUUAAACCCAAAUAUAAUUGUUAAUAAAAAUGCAUAUUGUGUAUAUUUAUAUUGUAAUUACAUAUAUUCUACGUUUUGCAACUGAUAAGAUUAAAAUGUUUUUUUUUUAACUUGUAAUUAAGUUUAAGCUAUGUUUAUGUGUGAAAACACUGUGUUUUGCUGUUAAUUUCUAUUGUGUGAAUGUAGUUUAAAAUCCAUCCUCCAUCAUUUUAAACUAAUCUUUAGCUUAAUCUUCUCUCCAGGAGAAAAAGAAAUGUGCCUGUACCUCACAGUACCUGUAUGAGCCAGCUGACUUGUUGCUUGGAUAACAAAUCAAGUGAAACAUUUAGGCUACUACACAGGAAGGAGGUCACAGUGUAAAAGGUAAGUGUUUAUUGUUAUAGUUUUAUGCAUUGCAGUGUUCUGCUCGAAAAAUGUCAAAACAUCAACCAAAGAAAUUGGUUACAUAUUAAUCUAUCGCAAGGAGCCUUGUAAAAGCAGAAACUGGUUUGUGUCGUCGUGAUCUUGAGAGCUGUAUGUAAUUGAAAAGACAAAAGCUAGAAACGUUAGAUGGGUGAAAAUGUUUUUUUUAUUAUCGUGAUAUCAAACAUUCAUCAAGACGUUUUGUAUUUAAUUGUUGUCUUGUUUCCUUAACCUGCGAAAGCAACUGGUUUAGCCAGACUAACACUAAAAGCGGAUAUGAAUUAAAUAUUGUUAACCUGUAUAACCUACUGAACCAAGACAAUGAUUUUUAUUAACAUUCAUUAUUAUUUAUUUGCUUUAUUUUUUUGCUUUGCUUUAACUCGUUAUCCAUCUAUGGUGUAGGCUACACAACUAGGCUGCAUGUUUUACCAUUAACUCAACAACACUUGGCUAGAGAGAUAAGUUUACUUAAAAAGAAAUCAUAAUGUUUACAGUAAUCACAUUACUUUGUUGAUAUGUUGUUUCAUAUAGGCUGGUAUAGUCAGUUAAAUUUAA